GAGGGCGGGCUGGGGUCGGGCCCAGUCGGGGUUGCCCGGGGGGCCGGGAGCGGGGAGCGUGCUGGUCGGGAGCGGCUCCUCCGCCGGCUUUUUUCACCGCUUCUCAGGGUGCAGACCUCGCCCCAACUGCUGGCGGGGGUCGCCCAGCAUCGGCCGACCUCGGCCUGGUCCCCCCACACUGGGGUUUGCCCACUCGCGUCCCCCGAGCCAGGGUUCCCUGCCGGCCUUGGAGAUGGCGGGACUUCCCACGUCUGGAGCCGAGGCCUGGAUAAUUCGGAUUUGGCACGGGAAACAUCUUGGUCGUUUGCCAUUUUUCGACUUUGGGGAGUGUUUGCGUUUCUUCUCCGUUUGGCAGUGAAACACAUCUCAGAAAGGUGGGAGGGAGAGACUCACGUACGUCCACAAAGUUAAAUGGCAUAGUGGUGUUCCCUGUGUCAAGCUUGGUAAAUAUCCGGAAUGGGGUGGAUUCUUUCUUCAUGUUUUUAAUAAAAUGAGGAGUGAUCGCAAGGUAAUCUAGAGGCAUGUAGUUUCAGUUCCCUUGAUGGGGACCAUCAGAAAUAAAACCAGGCUUGUUGUGCUGUUUUGAGUCGUUUGAACGCCGUACCCAUUGGACAGCUGGUGAGGAGGCCUUUGUGGAAGAAUCUGAUGUCUGAGUUUAGUUCUCAACUAGCAGGUGACAGCCCUCACUGGCUGAUGAAUGGUGAGCUUCUCUGAAGCCUGCUUUGUAAAGAUUGUGGCUUCCCCCUGAACUGCUUCUUUCCUGCCUCAAAGGUGGAGCUAAUCAGAAUAAUGUUCAGCAUCAACCCCCUGGAGAACCUGAAGGUGUACAUCAGCAGUCGGCCUCCCCUGGUGGUCUUCAUGAUCAGCGUAAGCGCCAUGGCCAUAGCUUUCCUGACCCUGGGCUACUUCUUCAAAAUCAAGGAGAUUAAAUCCCCAGAAAUGGCAGAGGAUUGGAAUACUUUUCUGCUACGGUUCAAUGAUUUGGACUUGUGUGUAUCAGAGAAUGAAACGCUCAAGCAUCUCACAAACGACACCACAACUCCGGAAAGUACAAUGACCAGCGGGCAGGCCCGAGCUUCCACCCAGUCCCCCCAGGCCCUGGAGGACUCGGGCCCGGUGAAUAUCUCAGUCUCAAUCACCCUAACCCUGGACCCACUGAAACCCUUCGGAGGGUAUUCCCGCAACGUCACCCAUCUGUACUCAACCAUCUUAGGGCAUCAGAUUGGACUUUCAGGCAGGGAAGCCCACGAGGAGAUAAACAUCACCUUCACCCUGCCUACAGCGUGGAGCUCAGACGACUGCGCCCUCCACGGUCACUGUGAGCAGGUGGUAUUCACAGCCUGCAUGACCCUCACGGCCAGCCCUGGGGUGUUCCCCGUCACUGUACAGCCACCGCACUGUGUUCCUGACACGUACAGCAACGCCACGCUCUGGUACAAGAUCUUCACAACUGCCAGAGAUGCCAACACAAAAUACGCCCAAGAUUACAAUCCUUUCUGGUGUUAUAAGGGGGCCAUUGGAAAAGUCUAUCAUGCUUUAAAUCCCAAGCUUACAGUGAUUGUUCCAGAUGAUGACCGUUCAUUAAUAAAUUUGCAUCUCAUGCACACCAGUUACUUCCUCUUUGUGAUGGUGAUAACAAUGUUUUGCUAUGCUGUUAUCAAGGGCAGACCUAGCAAAUUGCGUCAGAGCAAUCCUGAAUUUUGUCCCGAGAAGGUGGCUUUGGCUGAAGCCUAAUUCCACAGCUCCUUGUUUUUUGAGAGAGACUGAGAGAACCAUAAUCCUUGCCUGCUGAACCCAGCCUGGGCCUGGAUGCUCUGUGAAUACAUUAUCUUGCGAUGUUGGGUUAUUCCAGCCAAAGACAUUUCAAGUGCCUGUAACUGAUUUGUACAUAUUUAUAAAAAUCUAUUCAGAAAUUGGUCCAAUAAUGCACGUGCUUUGCCCUGGGUACAGCCAGAGCCCUUCAACCCCACCUUGGACUUGAGGACCUACCUGAUGGGACGUUUCCACGUGUCUCUAGAGAAGGAUUCCUGGAUCUAGCUGGUCACGACGAUGUUUUCACCAAGGUCACAGGAGCAUUGCGUCGCUGAUGGGGUUGAAGUUUGGUUUGGUUCUUGUUUCAGCCCAAUAUGUAGAGAACAUUUGAAACAGUCUGCACCUUUGAUACGGUAUUGCAUUUCCAAAGCCACCAAUCCAUUUUGUGGAUUUUAUGUGUCUGUGGCUUAAUAAUCAUAGUAACAACAAUAAUACCUUUUUCUCCAUUUUGCUUGCAGGAAACAUACCUUAAGUUUUUUUUGUUUUGUUUUUGUUUUUUUGUUUUUUGUUUUCCUUUAUGAAGAAAAAAUAAAAUAGUCACAUUUUAAUAUUACUCUAGUUAGGACAGACUUGUGCUUUUAUCCUGACUAAAAAGUUAAAUAUUUAAGUCACAUACGUGGUAAAGAUCUAAGUUUCAUUUUCCACAUGGAUGACCAGGAACCUGGUCUUGUUGGAGCUAGCACAGGAGGUUCUACUGUCUUGUCGUCCACUCUUGUCCCUCCCUUCUGUUAUCAAAGUUAAAGCGCCUCUUCACUCAAAAGGGCUUCAAAAUGUAAAUGACUCUAGAGUUAGAGUGACCGUUUGCUCUUCUGCUUUCUGGAAUGCAGAUGACAGUAUGGAAAGAAAGAAUAAUGAUUCGAUCUAAUAGGAAAGGAUUUCUUCUUUCUUUUUUAAAGAGUGGGUGGAUUUUCUCCCUUUUGUUUUGCUUUUAUUUUCAUGCGACUAACAUAUCUUCAGAAGGAAAUGGCAACUAGUAGAUCAGUAAAAUUACGAAAACGAUGCCUGCAAAAUUUGAAGGAAUGCAAUUCUGAUUUGCCAUUUAUCAGGGAAAACUGAAAGCAUUUUUCUUAUAACUUUUUUUCUUUUUCUUUUCUUUUUUUUUUUUUUGGUGGGGGGAGGCAGGGUCUUGCUCUGUCCCUCAGGCUGGAGCUUAGCUCAGUGCAGCCUCCAAUUCCUGGGCUCAAGCAAUCCUCCCACUUUAGCCUCCUGAGUAGCUGGGACUACAGGCGUGUGCCAGCACGCCUGGCUAAUUUUAAAAUUUUUUUGUAGAGACAGAGUCUCCCUCUGUUGCCCAGGCUGGUCUGGAACUCCUAGCUUCAAAUGGUCCUCUCACCUUGGCGUCCCAAAAUCCUGGGAUUCCAGGCGUCAGCCACUGCUCUCGGCCCUCUUAUACCAUUUUAUUUGAUUGUCUAGUCCCUGUUUCUUUUUCCUUCUAAUCCUUAUUCAUUUAAGCAAAACCAUACAUUAUCUUUUCCAGUCCUUUCUUGUUGUAUUCUUACUGUUUUUUUUAAAUAACUUUUUGCCUUAAUAGCUCAUUGUCACUAAUAACUUCUGUGUUCUCCCAGGCAGUGUUAUAACAGAAGGGCAAUGAAAACAUUGGACAUGACCCUGAGUACUUCCUUUCCUUAACUCUCUAGGUUUGUAGUCUGUUUUAAAUUAGGAUUAGUUCCUGCAUUCUGAAAUAUGUUGGCCUAGAACAUUUUAUCCCAGGCAUUUUUGAAUAGAAAACAGUUGCGUGCUUUUAUUGAAGAUUGUUAAAAUAAUCACCAUAGUAACUUGAUAUGUUAGUAUUUUUCUUUUUCCUUUUAGUAUGUUUCCAGUGCAGUAAUCGUACUUGUCUAUCCAGUUUCUUUGUAUGAUACGAGUUGCUUACACGAUGCAUGGCUAACUUGUUAAUUUAGUUUUCUCCUUAGAGACUUUGAGACCCUUAAGAGACAAGAUUGAGAAAGAGCCAUGUGGCUUGGCUCUAGAAACGUCAUUAUCAUUAGGACCAUCAGAUUUUAGAUUAAGCUGCUAUUGAAUUAAUAAAAUCCCAAUGAAGCAGAGUUAUAGGGAUAGAUUUAUAGCUGGCAGAGUGGUAUCAAAGGAGAAAAACAGUGAAAAAGCCAAUUUCACUGGUUCGUUCAAUCCAGCUUGUUGCUAAUAUUAGUUACCCUUGUUUUAAUGACAGAGAGUGGCUGGAAUCUGUAGCUAGGGGAGGGGCAACACUGUUAGGUGUGAGGAAAGGAAGUGCCAAAAAUGCCUGGACAGAUGGCUUGUCCCAAGGCCAGGACACACACUUUAAAAUCCAACAUUCACCUAAGCAAGUAAUUCUUAAAGAUCUUACAGAAACGCAGAGUCAAUCAGGUUUAUAAAGGAAGGCUGAGGGGAGAGAGGAGGCCUGGGGGCCUGGACGAAGAGGCCUAGGACCUGAAGAGACUCCAGCGAGUCUCGGGAAGCCCAGGGGACCUGUCACCAUCUGGGCACUUCCCAGACUCAAUGCUCAGCCAGAGUUUGCUGGUGGACCUCAGGAUUCGAAGUGUGCAACAGACGGAGUGCGCUUGCUGUUCAGGGCGGCCCUGUGCAGGAGCACCAGCUCACCCUCAGGCAUCUCGGACUGGAGGGCCAGCAGAAGGUCAGCAACUUACUCUUAAAACGAUUGUUUCGGAUCAUAUUGAUCUCUUUCCUUUUUCCUUUUGUCCUUUCACUGUAUGACUUGAAUCAGUUUUGAUUCUAUUUGUAAGUGUUUCUUGUCGUGAGGCACCUGCCAUGUCUUGUUGCGUUUUCCUCGGCAGCGUGUAGGGCUUCAGCUUCCUGGGUUUUCACCCUUCCUGCAGGCACUGUGGGGUCCUGAGGGCCAGUGGGUCCAUUUCACCUCUUGCUGCAUGAUGGUCAGUAGCUGAUCUGUUAUGGCAUUCACUUCCAGAUUAAUUUUCCGUGUUUGAAGUAUGUGCAUAUGUGCUUUACAGAAUAAAACAUCUGAAUUUA